AUGGAUGGUCGUCUACUACGCUUGGUCCGGGAACGUGCAGCGGAGCAACCACCUGUGGGCUGCCAGCAAGGGGGAGCUGGUGGGGGAGGAGCUGAGCAUGAGGCUCCUGUUGCUGUAGGCAUUGAUGGAGGAGCUGUUGCACCGACCAUUGACAUGGGAAUGAUCGGCACGAGCUAUGGAGAUGAGCACAUCUCCGUGACGCCGCUGCUGGAGGGAAGACACGACCUUACCGCAUGGGACAACACCAAGCCUGGCCCCAAACAACCCUGUGCAACGAAGAGAGGACUGCCGCCGGAGUAUGGAUUUCUUUGCUGCAAGCUCAACAUUUCUAGCCGAGAGAUGACGGUCAAACGUGUGUCCAUUGAGGUGGUGAUGGAGGAGCAGACCCUUUCCAUCAAACAGAGCUACAAGCAGAUCACCAGUGAUGCAUCGGCUUUCUAUGGCGCUGUCAACACAAUCGUGGCUACAACGGGGGUCAACGGGAAGGAAGGGAAAGGAGGAAGGGAGCAGAUGGACAAGAAGAAGGAUGGCAAGCGGGAGAAGAAGCGAGCUCCCUUCAAGGGGCGCUGCAACUACUGCAAUAAGGAGGGGUACAUGGCUGCCAAGUGUCCGAAGAAGAAGGAUACAAUGCCCACGGCAGCCGCGAACGUAGCCGAAGGAGACGGGAAGGGCGUGGUGCUCACCGUCGUGUGUUUGGUUGCGAAGUUGCUGGUCGACGACAAGAACUUGUGGUUCCUUGACUCGGGAUGCUCCCAACAAAUGACAAGCUGCAAGGAGACAUUCAUGGCGAUCCGUGACCCAUCUGCAACGAAAUCCGUCAAAGGGUUUGAUGGUACUAUGCAGGAAUUCGCCGGUGUUGAAUGA